UCGGUGUUCAAGGCCUGGCCGAGCGCGGCGCGCAGCUACAGGCAUCCCUCGCCAGUGGGGGUAACACAAGCACAGUGCGUGACGUCAGCUCGGCACCGGCGACGUCUCUGGUGAACAGUCUGCGCUCCGAGAGCCGGUCCCUGACAGAUGUUUCAGGUGCGGGGAGAGAGUGGGGGCUUGUAGGCAGUCCUCGGCGGGCCCUAGCAGGCCCCAGCAGGCCGCAGCAGGCCCCAGCAGGCCCCAGCAGGCCCCGGAAGGCCCCAGCAGGCCUGAAGGCUGACAUGCUCAGUUCCUCGGUGGCGGCUGUACACGUGGCCAGGUCGCCGCAGCAGGCGGCCCCCUCGUGACGGCUCCCGGACAUGGCGAGCACUGCGGGCAGGGACCCGCCCCCGGCCGCCCCCGAGCCGCCGCUGCACGACGUCAUCAUCGAGGCGGUGUGCGGGGGCGGCGACAAGCUGGAGGAGGCGGCGAGGGGCCAGCCGCCCGCACUGCCGCCCCGCCCCCCGCCGCGGCCCCGACAGCCCCCGGGGGCGGACCUGGUGGAGCAGUGCGCGCCCACGCCCGACGGGGGCGGAGCACCGCCCACAGUGCUGCGGCACUCGUGCUGGCUGCGGAAGUACGUGUUCCUGUGCACGGCGUGCGGCGGGUUGGCAUCCCUGCUGGGCGCGCUCUUCCUCACGGUGUACUUCAUGCUGCGCUCCUACACCUCUUCGCUCAGCUACUUCGAGACCGUCCCCACCUACGUGCCGGCCGCCAUGUUGAUUUCCACAGGCAUGAUAGUCAUGUGCCUUGCUGGGAGAAGGAACCGCUUCGGCUACCUGAUCAAGGUGUGCGGGGGCUGCUGCCUGGCCUGUGCCGUGCUGUGCGUGGUGGUCACCAUCACCACCACGGUCAUCCACAUGAGCCGCCUGCAGACCCUGCGCCAGUGCGUGUACACCCAGAAGACACAGACCUGCACCUGCUCCUCUGUCGACUUGGACGCUGUGGUCAGCCUGGAGACGGGCAACGAGGGGGUGCACUACGUGUUCAACUCGAUACCUGACUGCAACGUGGUACACGGCGCGCUCUACUCCUGCCUGCGUGCCAUGUUUGGACUGUCCGUGAUCGGCAUCAUGGUGUGCCUGUUCUCGUGUAUGCUCGUCUACCAGCUGCUGAGCCACGAGAAGAAGAAGAUGUACUGGGAGCAGCUGGAGAUGCGGUGUCGCUAUCUGUACCGGCAGCAGCGCGGCCCGCACCACUGCAGCUGUUGCGACGAGUGUCGCUACCCGGAGCCCUUCCCCUGGGAGCUGAUGGAGGACAGCCGCUACUGGACACCGGGCCGCGUCGGCAACUUGUACUCGCCCAACCCGGGAGAAGAGGGCUCCACUCGUCGCGCUCCUUCUGGCUGGAGCUGGCGCCGACUGCCCUGGGCACGCGGGACGCCCCCUGCAGCGGCCAGCCCCCCCACCCCCGAAGCCUUGCCCAGAAGACAGGUGUUCUCAGAGAACCAGUGUCUGGGGAGUGAACGAUUGAGGAGAGUGAUGUGCCGUGCGUGCAGGGAGACUCCGGCGGUGCAGCGCAACACGGCCAGCAGCCCAGACAGCCAGUACGGGUUCAGCAGCCAACCCGCGCCUGCCGAGACGGCAGACAGCGCAGGUGGGCGGGGCGAGCCACGCACCCCACAGACACCGCGCCCCUUCGUGACGGAGGGCAGUGCCAGCUACGGCCAGAGCUACUACAUGUGGGGGCCGCCACCCCCGUACUCCAACCCCCACUCGCACUGCGGCAGUCCCGCGCGCACGGCCGCCCCCGGGCUCGCACGCCUGCACCACCACCACCACCACCACCACUGCAGCCACGGCGACUACCGGCACCGAGCCGCCCGGCCCCACUUCGACGACUUCUCCUCAGGGGAGGGCGUGGUGGGGCCCGACGACGAGAAGACGGUGCGCCUGGAGAACUACGUGAACACGGGCGAGGUGCAGGUCACUGCCGGCAACACCACCGGCGACAACACCGACUCCUCGGAGGGCAAGGAGCGCCUCAAUAACACCCUGCCUGCGAGGAAGGCCAAGAAGAGGAUGGACAUGUCUGCCUUGAAGACCGGCAAUUUCCCGUACGGUGCGGACAACCAGGGGAGGAGUCUGAAGAACUCCCCCGGCCACUUCGCGGGCACCAACUCCGACCGCGGCGUGCACGGGCUGUGCAACCAAGGCUGCCGGAUGGGCGACCGCUGCCACGACCAGCUGAUGAUGGAUGAUGGCGAGCAGUUCCAGGUCUCCUUGCCGCUGAGCGUAAACGUGGCGAGGACGGGCGAGGGCUGCAUGUCGCCGCGUGCACGGUACGUGGCGCACCUGCAGGGGCACGAGGUUCAAGGUCACACGCUGUGCGGCAAGGUGGAGCCCACCGAGUCGGAGGUGUACUUCGCGGACGUGUCGUCCUGCUGCAAUGUGUCGGUGCGCAAUGACGGGCAGGACUCAUCGCUGUACGAUGAGGCGGUCGACCCGAGGAAGCAGCGGUCGGUGAGCGUGGCCCCGGGGACGGCUGAGGCUUUCCAUCACCAUCACCACAGGCAGCUGCACGAAGCCUCGCACGGCAGCACGCCCGGCACGGGGCACCAUCUGUUCCAGCAGUCCGUGCUCAUCACGGACAAGGAUGGCCAACACAACCAUCACCACCACGCCAUGCUGGUCGAGAAGAACAUCAACAAUGCAGAUCUCUCCGGCAAUGCAUUCAACUACCAAAGACAAUCGUCUACGCGAGGGCGCUUACAGUACCCGGUUGCAUUUCACGAGCACGUCGGGGAGCAUGAGUCCGUGACGGAGGAAGAAGUUGCGGAGAGCGUCCACAGGAAGAACUCCAUCCACGCCUGCAGGGAAUUCAUGGAAAUGGAUAUCAGAAAGGGCGUCGGCAUGACCUGUCCACGGCCGGACAUGUCCAAGGACUGCUUGCAGCACUUGACGCUGGCCACGAACUGUCCCGGGAGUGAUGCAAGCGACGGUAACUUCAUUUCCCCCAUGUCCAUCUCCACUCCGUCGUCUGAUGGAUUUACCAAAGAACAGAGCGGCUGCAACAGCAGCUACUACAACAACCAGAACUCCCCAGACAUGACACCGUGUCCAGCGCAGUCUCCGGGUGGCCCCCCUAACACCGUGCAUAGAAAAACCUACGAGCAGAACAGGCUACAGAACAAUAACUUCCAGAGUGGCGCGAAUUGCGAUUUUGCGCCGUUCUGCGGGCGAGACCAACUGUUCCUUGCGCCGGACGCUCAGUACGAAACAAUAGCGCAGCAGCCACGCCUGCGCGAUAUGAACGGGAACGGGAGCACCGGGUGUACAACCACGGCAAUGUCCCCGGGCCGCAGGCGACCACACCCAGCGCUGCGCAUCACUGCGGGAAACAACAACGGUGCAGAGAGCCUGUACCAAGCAGCGACCAGCACGGAGGACGAGUCGGAGAGUCAGCAGCCACAGUCCAACUGCUACAGCGAUGCCACCAUGGACUCCGGCUGCCACAGCGGCUCAGAGUUUGCUGCUAGUGCAUCUCGCACGCCCUGCGCCCAGGAGCCAGAGGAGGGCGUGCCGGUCUCAGCCAUGCGCUCUGUGAACGUGUAGAGUGGCGUGCGUGACUCUGACUGCUGCCACAGUGGCUCAGAGUUUGCUGCUAGCGCUCUGUGAAUGUGUAGAGUGGCGCCCAGGAGCCAGAGGAGGGCAUGCCUGUCUCAGCCAUGUGCUCUGUGAACAUGUAGAGUGGCGUGCGUGACUCUGACUGCUGCCACAGUGGCUCAGAGUUUGCUGCUAGCGCUCUGUGAAUGUGUAGAGUGGCGCCCAGGAGCCAGAGGAGGGCAUGCCUGUCUCAGCCAUGUGCUCUGUGAACAUGUAGAGUGGCGUGCAUGACUCUGACUGCUGCCACAGUGGCUCAGAGUUUGCUGCUAGCGCUCUGUGAACGUGUAGAGUGGCGCCCAUGACUCAGAGGAGGGCAUGCCGGUCUCAGCCAUGCGCUUGAGUUACAAGAGGUUGCGAGACUGGACGUCAGCCACAACUCAGCGUGUCAUGGGCGGACAUGAUGCAACAACAUGUGCUGGAAUGUUAUCAACUUUCCUUACCAUUAGAUAUCCAUUCCAGCAACUGUACUCACCAGGAGUCGGAAGUGAGAUACCAACGGCAGGAAAGCACCACGAGGCAGUCUGGUAGCUGUACUGUGUGAGGCCUCACACUUCUCCAGGUCCAAUCGCUACCCCACACUUAGGUGCUGACUUUGUGACGUAACCUCUGCUUCUGUCGUGAACCAUACAACUAGGUGUAUUACAUAUAACAUUAUAAUUAAAUAUUAGUUAAGUGAAUAGUGCAGCUAAGUAUCAACCAUGGUAAAAGAGAUAUACUUGUCAGUAGUAUUUUUUUUUUUUUUUGAUUUAAUGGUACAAUACCCAAAGCAUAGAAGCCGUUCACCAUUAUGUGUAUUUCAAAUUUAAAACGGAGGCAGUCUUCACAAAUUAUCAUAUGGCCAUGAUAAUACAUACCAAAGUACUUUAAAUUUUCCUGGUACACACAUAAAGGGAUCUGUAAAUAAUCACUGGGUGAAUAGUUCAUUCAUCACUUGGUAAAGUCCAAAUGCUAACAUAAAAUUACAUGCUGGUUUUAGCUGGCUACAAGAACAACAAAUUGUAACACAAUAGUCUAGAUCGCUUUUAAUGUUGACUGCCAUCUAUCGGCAUUAGGGGCAACUUCCCGAGUCCAUUGACUCCGGUAUGCCUGCUGAUGGAAUUUUUAAUUUGAUUGAAUUUAUACUUUACCAACCGUAUUUACAAUAUCACUCCAUUCCUUUUAUUAUUGUAUUUCUAUUAAUUAUUUGCUUGCAAAAUUAAAGUAAGUUUUUUAUCAUGCCAAAUAAGUAUAACUUGUAAUGCACGUACGUAAGAACACACACCAUAAGGGAGAAGUGUGGGCCCCAGGUGCUGGCCAACGUCGCCACGCCACUGGUCUCCAAGGACCUCAGUGGUAACCGCGGUGCAAACAAGUGUCAUGGCUGAUAGUAGGCUGACCUGGCCACAGGCUGGAUGCAUGUGAUGAUGAUGAGUUUAAAAAUGUUGUGAACCACAAGAUUUAUUCACCAAUAUUAAAAGAUAUAUGGAAUGGGACAUCUUGGAAAUACGUGUUCUGCGACUGUGUACUACGGUGUCAGCGCUAGCUCUGAGGAGAAGUGCUAGUUUCUGGUUUUGUGUUUGGAUGUGUUGGUGUUCUGUGUCCGUAGUGGCUUUCAUCAUGACCGUGACUAGAUUGGUAGUCUGGCUUCUUGUCGGGAUUUGUAAUUUGCAAUAUAAAUUUGUGUUUUGUUUCUUAGUGAACUAAAUGCUGUGCCCUAACCACUGCUCGUUCUAAGUAAUAGUAAAUAUGUCAUCCAUUCCAAGCUGUUUCAUGUGUUAAUGGCAUUGUAGUUUUUGCUGUGUUAGUUCUAUGUUCAUGAUUUGUUAAAGCAAGGCUGGAGUUAGUACAUCAGGAGGUGUCAGUUGUGUGAUAUUACUGUACACUGCAGGUUAUUCUGUGAAAGAUACCAGUAUGAAUGCCAAUUUAUGUAUUGAAAUAUUUAACCACAUAAAUAAAUUUAAACUGCAGCAAUCAAGCAGGUUGUAGGUAGACUUCACAUACGGAGUUGCUGCAGCUACUGAGACAGUUUCGUUUGACGUAAGAAAACAAGAUCACCCAACAAGGCAUCUCAGUUUGACACAAGCUUUACUACGUAAUACAGUUAGUGUUCUGGAGCCGUUCUAUACGUAAGCAUGCCGGUACAUAUGUAUUAUGUCCUUGUAGGCAAAUGAAAGCCAAAAUGAAUUAAACAUUGUUACUGGAGGUAUGCUUGAAAGUCGCUGCUGUUGCUACCUGCGAGUGACUUUCGUCCCCACACCCACACUGACCUUGCAGCUUUCAACAGCAUCGUAGCAUUUACAUUUGAACGUAGCCAAGGAGCACCUGUGCAUUGAGGAAGGCUCCGGCAACAAAUGGUGUGAGCCCAAAAUGAAACUAACAAUUUCUUUUCAAAUAUCAAAAGACAAAUUAUUAGGGCAAUCACAAAGUAACUUCCUGUGCAUUUAAUAGUAAUUUAAAAGAUAAAUAAAUUUUUACAACACAACCAAUAUUACAAAAAAUUCAUAUGGUAACCGUGUAUCUUUUUGGUUUAAAAAAUUUCUUUAAAAAAUAUUUUGAAUUAAAAAUGUUUAAAAUAUAACACAUACAUACGUGAUAAUGUAUUAUAUAGUAUACAAAUAAAUAAGUAAAAAAUUAUAUAGUAUGAAAAUUUUCAGUAUUUUACAAACUAUUUCCAUAAAUAAGAUUACUAAAAAAAUUAUUUCUGACAUGUGUGAGCGUACCAACCUAAAUUUUAAAAACUAUUCCUUUUAACAAAUUCACUCAAAAGAAUUUUAAAAUUGCACGCAAUUUAAUGGUCUGUUGCGAAAAAUCACAUUUUCACUCCUGCAGGAGCAAAGUUUAGGAUACUUCCCGAAAUCAUAUAAGAGAACACGCUUGAAUUUCUCACUAAAUUGAACUAACAGUCGUCACAGUCUUCCGACGGUGUCCAGCAUGCCGAACGGGAAGGGGCAAGAUUUACAAGUUUGUGCAGAUGACGAUGGUACUCCAUUUGCAUGUUUGUUACUCACGCCCAAAAUUACUGUGUUGCUGAAAUAACGAAAAAAUAUGUACGAUAAUUAAUAUGUAAGUGGGAAUGGCAGAACCAUGCCGCAUGCUGUUUGCCGAAUGUUUGAAAAUUAUCUUUCUUUUACAUACAUCUGUUAGUAAACUGAGUGAAAAGUAUUGGUCUAUACUUUGCGAUGCAAAGCACACCAGUUUUUAAUGAGAAGUCAUAGUUGGCCAGUAAUCAGCGAGGUCAUGAGAGAAGCUAGGAACGCACACUUGGCUUGUGCAUGUGUGAACACACAUUGCAGCUCGUGCUACACGUGCCGUUGGCUGAGACAAGAGUUCUGCCUUACCUUGCAGUUGUUCACACCUGAAACCUCCUUCCGCAGUUUGAAUAGUUCUGUGUAAUAUUACCUACAGUUUGCUAAAGAAGGAAAUUAUUUUUAUCUUGCAAUUCAGUAUUAGUGAAUUCACGGUCAUGAAUAGAGCUAAAAUUAAUUAAUUUUGUGCUCUACACAGAAAUGUGAGAUAAAACCAGCUAUUUAACAGGAAAUAUUACAUGACGUCACCCUAUAAAUUGAAGUUUUUAAACAGUAAAAUAAUUUUGUGCCCAGGGCUUCUUUUGAGAAUUAAAAUAAUUAUAUAAAAAAAGAAAUUGUCAAUAAUUAUAUGUAAAGUGUUAUUUUCUUUUACUGGUUUAAUGUUUAACAAGUGUAAACAUGAUGUUUCUAUGGUCUAUGCACAUAACGUCUGUGUCUUUAAAAUUUUUUGUAACACUUCUCUUAAAGUAUGGCCACGGAAAAAGCAAGCCAAAACUCAAUGAAAUUGGAAGUUGAACAAUACUGGCAUUGCGGUAUUGAACCUUGCGUAGUUUAUAAACCAGGCGUUGAACAGAACAGUUGUCAUAUCUGCAAACAACUCACCACUAUUUCCCAUAUUUGUGACAUGGACCACAAUUGAGCAUUAUGUGAUAAAAAGUGUUAGUAUUUGCUAUAGGUAAGUUUGGUCCAUGUUAAUUUAUUUGUUUCAUGGUUCAUAGAACUGACUGUACACUUAUAUGUAAUUUGUAGGAGUAAUUAUCCAAAGUACAAUACAUUUUUUGAAUGAAAACACACUAAUUAAAAAUAUAUAUAUUAUUGUUACAUUUGCAAUAUUCAGAAAAUGGAAAGACUGGAGAUUCUAAAUUAUAUUUAUAAUACCUACUCUAGUGGAAUUGUUAAUUUAUUUUUGAAAAGUAUAUGUUUGAAUACUUGUAAAUUGUAAACUCUGUGGUAGUAACUGUUUAAUUUUGUGUUGUAAAUAAAUUACCAUUUUCAUGUAAAGAGAUACAUAUAUUUAAAUUUGUCUGUUUACAGGAAUAUAAGAUAUUUUGUAUAUUCAGAAUGUUUACACUACCUAAAUUAGGACUAUAUUUUAAAUUAAAAUGUAUCAACAUUAAUUAAAUGUUACUUCUUAUGUUUGCUGUUAUUAAACUGUCCUUAAUAAAUAGUGAAAUUUAAA